UCAGGGCAGCGGGGCUGGGCGGCUCCAACUUGGGACGAUUUACAGAGCUUUCUCUCGCCGGAUAGUCGACGACCACACGGACAUGUACACGGCGAAUAUGCGCAGAAACAUCACCUCGGGGCCUUCAGCGGAGUAAGGAGGACGUCGGCGUCAACCACUUUCACACUUGUACGAGAAGUUUGACGUAUUCCGCGACACGUCCUGUGGCUCCCACCGGAGAAACCGAACACCCUCCCUUUUCCCGAACCCAGGAUGAUUUUCGCCAAUACUGGAAACCUGCUGAGGACUCCGUACCGCAAACAGCCACUGGUUGCCCCAUCGUCACACCCCAUGGCUCCACCCAGCCCGAGCACCAACAGCAGCACCAACAACAGCAGCAGCAGUAGCACUGCAGGCUGGGACCAGCUCAGCAAGACAAACCUCUACAUCCGAGGCCUGUCCCCUUCAACCACAGAUCAUGACCUGGUCAAGCUCUGUCAGCCGUAUGGUAAAAUUGUUUCAACAAAGGCUAUCCUGGACAAGACCACAAACAAAUGUAAAGGAUAUGGCUUUGUGGACUUUGACAGCCACACUGCGGCCCAGAAAGCUGUGGCUGCCCUGAAGACGACUGGUGUCCAAGCUCAGAUGGCAAAGCAACAAGAGCAAGACCCCACCAACUUGUAUAUCUCCAACCUGCCUUUGUCUAUGGACGAGCAGGAGCUGGAGAACAUGUUGAAGCACUUCGGCCAGGUCAUAUCCACACGCGUCCUGAGAGACUCCAGUGGAGCCAGCCGAGGAGUGGGCUUUGCCAGGAUGGAGUCAACUGAAAAAUGCGAUGCAGUCAUUUCUCACUUCAACGGAAAGUUUAUUAAGACACCUGCAGGUUUUCCAGUGCCCUCUGAACCCUUGCUGUGCAAGUUUGCUGAUGGAGGGCAGAAAAAAAGAAGUCAGAAUAAAUUUGCACAGAGUUGUCGGGGCUGGGCAAGAGACAGUGACUCAAGACUGGCUGGAAUGACACUCACUUACGAUCCCAGUGCAGCUGCUAUGCAGAAUGGAUUUUUCCCACAAGCAUACAGUAUUUCAAACAGGAUGAUUGCUCAGACGUCCAUGUCUCCUUACAUGUCUCCGGUUUCAACAUACCAGGUGCAGAAUCCAUCCUGGAUGCCUCAUCAACAGUACAUCAUGCAGCACCCAGGUACAGUGCUAUCGCCCUCUAUGGACCCAUCUAUGUCACUGCAGCCUACUUCCAUGAUGGCGCCCCUUGCGCAGCAGAUGAGUCACCUCUCUAUGGGUAACGCAGGAACGUUUAUGGCUGCCAACACAGCUAUGCAAGGAGCAUACAUCCCACAGUAUGCACACAUGCAGCCAGCCCCUGUUCCUCUGGAGGACAAUGGGGGACAGUCACAAUUGGACUCUUCCAGAAACCACUCCCCAUAUCCAUACCAACAAACCAAGUAGCGCUGAGGUAACGUUCUGACAGCAGCUGAAGCAAUCACGUCUACAAAUGCAAUGGGGGAGCCGAGGAUCUUUUCACUGUUUUGCACAGGUUCUGCAAACGUUUAAGUGAGACUAUUUUUUUGGGGAUCGUUUUCAGAAUUAAACAAAUGAUUCAAAUUAUAUACAAACAAAAAAAAAAGUUUGGAAAUGUUUUAUUUUGAUACUACAUUGUUUAUUGUUUACUAAGAAAUGCAACAGGAGACAAGAAAAGACUAGUUGUUUCAAGUGCAUGAUAGUUCAUAUGUCAUUUGUUAAUAUUUCCAGACAAUUUCUUUUUAAGCCAGACAUUUUUGAAAAUGAUGUUUUUGUGCUUGCUGUGUGAGUGUUGCUAUGGUGAAGUAUUAAUUGUUGUUGUUUUUUUGUAAAGUGAUUUCUCUUUAGAACUUUGGAAUUGAUCUUGCUGUCUGAUUAAAAUUUGCCUUAAUAGUUUUGAUACAGUAGUUGUACAGACCACCACAGAGAGUGGUGAUACGCAAAAGCUGUCACAUUUGAACCGGCCACAGACGAAGUCAAGAAAUAAAACAAACUCCCAGAACUGAUAGAAAAGUUAUAGUAGAGAAGGAAAUAUCUUGGAUGAAAUGACUCCACAUCGGAUGCUUUAUUGGAUGUAAUAUUUAUUCAGUCAGAAUGCUCUUCAUGUGUCUGGAUGUUGGAUGAGGACAUUCUUCUGAACGAUCACCAUUUUGAACCUUGCCUUUUAGAAUACUUAGUAUUGCAGAGAAGCUGAAAUGGAUCUUGGUGGGGGGGGGGGGGGACUAUUGUGUUUUGUUUGUCGGUCUUUGCUUUUCUCUUUUUUGGAUUGAUAUUAAUUGUGAUAUUUUUUUUCUUCUUUUUAUGAGGUGUGUCUUUUUCACUAUUCUUUGAAAAAAAAAUAACAGUAAAAAACAGAUGAUUGUGCAAAAAAAAACAACUCGUCGGAGCCUUGUAACAGAACAGAGUCGUGGGGUAACAGAGAUUAGUACGUGUGUUUUGUUGUACCUCGCUCUUUGAUAGGAAACAAAAACUUGGCACUUUUCAAUUGUAGUUUACUUCACCAAAGAUUGUGAGCUAUAGUACACUGAGGAAAUAGCAUCAUUUGUCUCUUAAACCAGGACAGAAGUGACUCUGCAAAAGGAGAUUGCAGUGCGGACAGUGUGCCUUUUUUUGUACAUUUACAUUCAGUUUUCACAGGUAUCAGUAGAGAACCGACACACACACUCGAGCAUGAAGGAAGGCCUGGAUCCAGCAAGUGCCACAGAUGAAUUUCACUCAGACAGAAAAUGCAACGUUAUUGUAAAAAAUAAUCUGUUUAAAAGAUGAAUCAAUAUGAAAGGGCAGUGCUGUAAAAGCUGACGAUAGCACUAAAACAACAAGUCCGAUUAUUUCAAUCAUUAACGUUAGCUUUUUGAUCAAGGCGUCCUCCAAUAAGCCUGUGAUUCGACCUGGUGGUCAGUCUGACCAAUUAUCUACCUCAGAGUUUUCUUUCUCCUCUGCAAUAGGUCGGGUUAGCAGGUCCAGCCCGCCCUUCCAGACCAAACGCCACGCUCAGGAGCUGGCCACAUACAGCUGUUUCCUUUUAGGUUGUUUUUGAGUACUUUUCUUUUUUUUUUGUGAUUUGCAUCAGACAUUUUCUUAAUGAUGUUAUUAAUGUAGUCACUGGCGGGUGGGGCAAUGACAUUAUUCUCCUGAUGCUCACACAUUCAGCUUUAUAGUUCCAAAAGAGCUGCUGCUUUUUUUUACAAUAAUGGAUUUCUGACUCUGAUCUAAGAUAUCUUGAGGCCGUCGAUGACAGGGAAGCUUUGUGGCGUUCACUGGACCUGUGCUCCUUUAAACAAACACGUCGGUUGCUUUGUCUUUGGGUCCAGACAAACACGCAGCAGCAUUUCCUCUGUAGCUAACGGGCGUGCGACACACGGAGGGGCCGCGAUACUUGAGAUGUAAUGCCUCAGACUGAGAAGUUGUACUGUUAUGUGAGGUUUAUGCUGCUAAUGGUGUCUGAACCAAGUGCCAUAAGUACAAGGAUCAAGAGUUGCAGAGGUGCGUCAGAGAAAAAAGCUCAUAUAGGUAACCAUCACGUUGAACAGUCAUUAAGUUAUACAAGGAAAAGAAGUUCUAAUUUAUGACAUUUUUUUGUACAGACAGCUUGAGAGAAGAAAGAUUUUCAUAGUGCUAGAUGAAAGUUCUAUCUUUUAUUUUACUCGUGCCACACAGAUGCCAGUGGUAACUUGUAUGUACAGUUUAAGGAAACUUUCCUCUGUGUUUUUGUUUUGUAGUGUUUGUUAAAUCCAAAGACCUGUUUUUUUUUUUAGUAGCUUGUUGCCUAAGGUUUAUUCUGUUCAUUUCUUUGACAUUUUUGAAUAAAGAUUUUAAAGAUUUUCACCUUUUAA